UGGAUCCUUAAGGAAAGACAUGGGACAUGAGGAGAAUAGGAAGCUAAAGACGACCUCAGGAUAGAUCAAGAGAGAUACAAGACAAAAAGGAAACAAAAUAUUAGCAACUAUCUUUAGAUAUCAGGGGAGAAGCAUGGAAAGGGAUAUGAAGAUUAUGGCAUCAUCAAAUGAAGAACUUCAUUCUGACAGUAGCUUUUUAUCCCUGACUGGGACAGGAAAUGAAAACACUACCGUGCCAACUGAUGGACCUUCAGACUCAAGGUGUCCCAUCUGCUUAGAAAGAAUACGGAAUGUGGCCCUCUUAAACCCUUGUUUCCAUAGAUUUUGUUUUGCCUGUAUCCUAGAGUGGUCAGACAGGAAGGCAGAGUGCCCACUCUGCAAGCAACGUUUCCAUUCUUUCUUUCAUACCAUAAGAUCUGACACAGAUUUUGAGGAAUACAUUGUUCCUUUUGAAAAUGCAUCCUAUAACAUGUGUGGGGAGAGAUCAGCAACUAAUCAAAGACCUGAAGCACUACCAGAUAAUGGGAUCUUAUAUGGAGGAUCCUCAGGUCUCCAAUCACAAGAUGGGAUAAGAAUGCUUGAUGAGCUGAUGAGACAACUUGGAAUAAGGAGGUCAUCUCAUCCUGGAGGAAUAACCCUCGCACAAAUUCGAGAACAGGCUACACUGAAGUUCAGAAGAACUCUAUAUCAGUUAGGAGUUCGUGUCAGGAAUGUCCAAACUGGAGGAUUUUAUAGAGAUAUAUCAGCAGACUUUUUUCACAGGAAUCCUGUCCGCCUAAACAGGUUAGUGCCUUGGUUGAAGCGUGAGCUACGAGUUCUGUGUGGAACACAUGCAUCAUUAGUCAAUAACAUACAGCACAUCAUUCUGAAUAACAUAACUGUUUAUGAUCUGGAGAGUCAAGCAUUUGCUGAUGUGAUUCAGCCUCACUUACUCCAUUACACCAAUCACUUCUUACAUGAAUUCAUUAAUUUUGCUCGCUCUCCUUUCAACAUUAAGGUUUAUGACUGGAGAGCUAGUUAUGAUGUUCCCUUCCCCAUGCAUGAUGAUGGGUUUCAGACCCAUUCUUCUUUUACUACAUCUUCUUCAGAAGAUGAGGAGGAAGAAGGAGAAACAGAAGACUCAGAUGAGAAUGAUGUGGAAGAUGGAGAAUCAAUGGCAAGUGAUGAGGAAGAAACUUGGGAUGAUGAAGUCCAGGAAUCAACUAGUUCCAGUUUAGAGCAUAUUCUGGAUGAUUUUUUUCUUCCUUUUGGAUCUUCUGAUGGGGAACUUGUAAGAAAUGAAGAUAAUAUGGAUGCAUUUUUCCAAGCUGAUGGACAUUUAAGUACUCACAAUGGACACUGUCCAUCACACAAAUGUGUUCUGAAUCAACUAGAAGAGAGGACUCCAAUACUAGGCAAAUUCAUCCCAGGCUGUAAGGAGAGGGCAGAGACCAAUAUUGCUGAAGAGCAGGGGGAUGAAGAUGAUGAUGAAGAAGAAGAAGAGGAAGAAGAAGAGGAACUGGCACAUAAGCAAGUGUCCUUAAGUAUUGAUUUUGUUGAUGGCCUUUCCAAUGGUCCAGGUACAGCUAUACCUAAUGUUGGCCAGCUUGUUAGCAGUAACCCUACGUCAAACACUCUGCAGCUUCCAUCCCAAGAACAAGAAGAAAAUGGCAUGGGACAGACCUCAUUGCAACAACAAGAUUUAGUUAGUACGAAAGUGAUUCAUCACAAAGGAGAGGAGAUGAUUGUCAUUAAGAUGCUUCAGCCCCAAACAGAAGACAUUUUGGUUAUUGAACACAUUGAAGUAAAAACAAGAGAAAUGGAUGAUUCUGGUCAAUUGUUUUGGCAAGAUGAAAAAAUGACUAAAACUACAGAGCUGCCGUGUUCUACUGAAACUCCUCCAAGUGGUUCUGCUAUUAAGUGGGAACCUGGAUGUUUUACAUGUAUUAAAAGACCAUGAUUUGUACAUCAAAAUUUUCAACCCAAUAGCCCAUAAGAGAACUUUUGAACUAGUUCUCUUACUGAAGUUUUACAUGUUACACUCAAUCCAAUAAAUUCAUAUAAAUGAAAAAAAAAUGUGCUUAAUGUAUAAUGGCCCAAAACUGGUAGAAUCUUAAAAAAAACACUGAUGGUAAUCCAAGGCCCAUUGUAUAACUUACCUCAAAUGUUAUAAAGAAAAAUGUACAGGGAAUGAAAUUUAACAUGUUCUGAAAAGUUUUUUUGAAGGAUUUUUGAAGCCAUAGUUAUAUGAGAGUGUUUUUAAAUUGAAAGUGAUGCUACUUACAUACUUUAUGCAGUGCUAGAUCAUUCUUUGACAGCAGAGAACAGUUUCCCGCAGAUGCUUUAUGAUCCCUGUAUAAUUUCUAUGAA